AUGGCCACCUACUUCCAGACCACCGCCCGCAACUACACCGACGUUACCGUCACCUCCGAGGGCAUCAACACCGACGAGUUCCUCCAGGCCACCGAGGGUCUCGUUAAGAUCUUUGACCUUUUCGGCACCGUCUUCUCUGUUGUCCAGAACGAUAUGAACGGAAACAUCAAGAAAAUUCGCGAGCGUUUCCUCCAGAACCCUGCCGCCAACUCGACCCUCCAGAACUUGGUUGAUGGCGAGAAGAAGGAGAAGAAGAAGCCCGCCACCGAGGGUCUCUUGUGGCUCACCCGUGGUCUUGACUUCACCCUCCAGUCCUUGGAGAGGAGCGAGGCCAACCCCACAGAGGAGCUCUCCGUCUCCUUCACCAAGGGUUACGAGGACACCCUCCGCAUGCACCACGGCAUGCUCGUCCGCCCAGUCUUUGCUCUGGCUAUGAAGGCUUGCCCUUACCGUGCUGACUUUUACGCCAAGUUGGGAUCCGACCAGGGCUUGGUUAAGCAGGACUUAACUGCCUAUUUGGCCGGUCUCCGCAAGAUUGUUGUCGAGAUCCAGCAGUACUACACCGCCAACAAGUUGUAA